GUAUGUAUCACUAAGUACUAACUUCUUGUUCAUAAUGAGAAGAUCACUUUCCUGAACGUGCAUAUUAAUUUGCGUUUUUAAAACUAACUCGUGCAGCUAUGCUUAACAUCACUUUAAUUUUCUUUGUCUCUGUGAUUUUCGAACUAAGCCAAACUUAUGAAAAUUUGGCGGUAAAUAGGAAAACUGAACAAAGCUCAAUCAGUGAACAAAGCAAACAGUCCGGCCUGGCCGUGGACAACAAUACAGACCAAAGUGUUUCAAGCUGCAUGCGCACGAAUCUCGAACAGGAAGUCUGGUGGCGAGUAGAUUUAGGAGAAAUUAAGAGUAUUUACGAUAUCCAAGUCUUUUAUCGAAACGACAGUGAUGCAUAUGUAAGCACAAGAGUGGACUAUCACGCUGGGUUUGCACUGUAUAUAUCAAACACCAAGUGCGACGGCCCAACAGGUGGACAGUUAUGUUAUAAAAAUAAUGAUGUCAAACCUCCACUUCAAUCAGAUCACAUAUGUCAAAUUCACGGGCGUUACGUCACAUACUAUAACGAGAGAACAGUAAGCGGAUCGAACCUUCCUCCAGGCGUGGUAAAUACGGAGACCAUAGCUGAACUUUGCGAGGUCCAGGUGUUUGGUGGGCAUAUAUUAGAAACCAGUCUUUUUUUCAGAUGUUCUACGGGUGUGUUCGGGGACGAUUGUGCCGAGCCUUGUCCGCAAAACUGCAGAGAUGAUCUGUGUAAAGUGGAGACAGGGGUCUGCCUGCAGUGCGUUGAUGGAUGGAAAGGGGAAUUUUGCAAUCAAACUACAACUGUUUUCAUAUCCGUUCCCCAACCAAUUGUUUCUCAGCCCCCGUCCAGCUAUACUGUGUUCAUAGCUAUAGUAUUUGGAGUGAUUUUGAUGUUCCUCGUCGUGAUCAUCGUUGCAUUGCUGUACAAAGUUCGCAAAAGCAAAUCGUCUAAGUCCCAUGUGAAUGCUGCAUAUCAGGGAACACUUCCGGCGGAAGAAUCACAGGGCAAUAACUACGCCACCUUAAAUCUGGAACCCACUUAUUUGGGACAUCAAUAUGGUCACCUGGAGGCCAGUAACGCUUCACGGAGUUCGCAUCCCUAUUUAUCUGUCCUCUGAGUCUUUACAUGUAGAUCUUCGAUAAAGACUAUCUAACUGACAUCCCGCAUCAACUAUAUCAUUAUCAUUAGUCAUGAUCGUAUUUUAGACUUGGUAUGGCAAUAUGGCAACAGAGUUCCUCAUCAUGAUCAACAAAUAAAUAAAAAUAUCAAGGAUUUUGUAGAUUUCAGAAAAAAAUUUAGUGGUAAAAACAUGAAUUAUUGUAUUGCAUUCGCAUAAUAAACGUGUUUAUUUUAAUUAUAUUAUAACCAUUCAAACAUUUUGAGAGUUCAAAAGCAAGAGACAACACAUUAUUGCAUUAUUUUAUUGUUUCCAAAAUAUGUUCAAUUGUUUUAUAUCUUUAUUCUUCAUAUAUCCGGCUAUUUGAUGGAUUUUUUUCUGUAGACUGUCUUUGUAUCGUUUAUUUUCCUUGUUUUUAUUACUUUGUUUUUUACAUUAAUUACUAUAUAUUAAAAACGAUUUUUUUUCAUCAUAUAUUUUGUUAUCAUUUUUUAUGAAAAAAAGUUUUUUAAGCAUGCUUGUAUUAAGUGUUUUCAUUGCUUUAUGUACUUAAAAAGAAUUGUUAAACUUGUCGUUUUUAUAUAAGCGGUGAAAAGAGAAAAACGAUAUUUUUUAUUCUUUUGGACAUUUGAUAAAGUUAAUAUGAUCUACGGAGUGCUAAAAAGGGGAGGGGGCAUGCAUAUUCUGAAAAGUAUUUUAUUUCAAUACAUGGUGUACGCUAUGAAAUAUAUAACAAGCAUAAAAUCUACCGUGGCAGCAAAUGCAUUUGGGAAAAUUACCAGAUGAGAGUAAAUUUAAAAAAAAGAAGAAAAACAAGAAACCACACAUAUACAAACUGUUACAAAUACAUGGAUAGUAUAAGUUUUAGGCAAUAAAAAGACCAUUUGUUCCUUAACUUUAGUGGGACAUGAUUGAAUGAUAGUUAAUAUUUUCCGCGGUACGGAGAUUAGCGGAAAAUAAUUGUCUUGUUGAUUCGAGUAGAAAAUUGUAUCCAAUGAAAUUCAUAGUUACGAGUCACGUGGUGACGAGUGUAUGAUUGGUGUUCGAAUAGCACGAGAAAUCAGUUCUAGCCCGUCAUCUUACAAAGACGCAUCAAAUUUACAUCAAUAAAAAAUUGUUAUUUUUUAUUUUUUAUUAUACUAUAAUUUAGAAGCUUAAAAAUUUUCAUAUUUUUGUUGUAAAGUCCCUGCACUACCCUUGAGACGGCGCGCAUUUGCGACUUUGACAUGGUUUGGGACACAGGUUUCCAGAGAUUUUUCUAUUUAAUAGUUUUUUAUUUCUGUUUUUUUCUGGCCGGUCACGUCGUCGAUGAAAGGUUCAAAUAUUUGUUAAAAAAGGGUGAGGCAGUGAUUUUUUUAUAUUACAGUAUAUGUACAUGAUACAAUUUUGUAUUGUUCAGCUUAAAAUAAACUUCCGGCUCCCCCGUAUGCAUUCUGGGCUAGUCGGCAAAUAUA